AUGGGGUUGGUCUAUGCAGACAUGAAUUCUCUCUCUCUAAGCCCAAACUACAAAUCAUCACUAGUAUCAUCAGUUUCUUCUCAGGAGAGUUUUGCUUCGAAGUGUUCAGAAAUAGUAGUGGAAAAUGGGAGGGCUUUCUGGGGUUUUCCUUUGAUGGGCAACUUUGUUCCUAAAAGCUUUGAGGAGCACCAAAACAGUAGCGGUGAAGUUAUGGAAGGUAAGGGCUGUGAGAGCAGUGAUGGAAUAUUGUUUGGAGAAAACAAAGGAAAUUUGGAAGAUGAAAAUCUUGUUAGUCAUGAUCAGAAUAUUGGGGUGGUCAAUGGGAAGGAGACAGAUAGUGGUCAGUCAAAACUCUGCGCCAGAGGACAUUGGAGACCUGCUGAGGAUGCAAAGCUCAAAGAACUUGUUGCUCUUUAUGGCCCUCAGAACUGGAAUCUUAUUGCUGAGAAGUUGGAAGGAAGAUCAGGAAAGAGUUGCAGACUAAGAUGGUUUAACCAAUUGGAUCCAAGGAUCAACAGAAGAGCUUUCACUGAGGAAGAAGAGGAGAGACUAAUGCAAGCUCACAGAAUCUAUGGCAACAAGUGGGCCAUGAUAGCCAGGCUUUUCCCAGGGAGAACUGACAAUGCAGUGAAAAACCAUUGGCAUGUGAUCAUGGCAAGGAAGUAUAGAGAACAAUCAAGUGCUUAUAGGAGGAGAAAACUGAGUCAAUCGAUUUAUAGAAGAAUGGAUAUUCAAGAGAACAGCAACAACAACAACAACUCCUCUAACUUUGUGUGUGGAAUAUCAGAUCAUCAGACGUCUCCAAGAGGUGAUGUACCAGUACCCCCACAAUACUGUUUUGGUAGCAUUGUCUCAGCUCAUGGAUCAGCUGGUCUUGGCAAUGCGUCUUCUUUUCCCUUUGGAGGCUUUAAUGGUGGUGGGGUUUCCUAUUGCUUCAAUUGUUCACCCCACAUGACUGGUGGUGCAGAACCAUUCUCCAGCAACAAGGUCCCUUCCAACAGUGGAUUAUUCUGUGCCCACCAGAUCACUCCUUUUGAAUUCUUCCCUGAUGGUGCCAAGAGCAAUGACUUGACAAUGGACAUGCUAAGCCAGAACAAGUCUUUUGAGUACAGGCCAAGUGAUGAAAACCAAACAGAUGUUGGUUUUCACCAUCAUCAUGAUCAUCACCAUCAUCAUCAUCAUCAUCAUAACCAAUAUCAACAAAGCUUGCAAAGUUUCUCAAACUCAACAUCUCAAGUCUCAGGAGGAGAGAAUGAAGAAGCAGUGGGAUUAAGCCUGCAUUUUGAUGAGGGCAUUCCCAUUCCCCCACAGUUCAUAGACUUCCUUGGGGUUGGAGCCACAUGACACAGCAAGUUUUUUAGAACCCAGAAGAGGAGAAAAGAAGAGA